CCUUCUUCAUUCUCCUCCGGUGGUUUCCUUCGCUCCUCACGGCUCUUCUUCUUCAUCAUGGGAUUCGGAGAUCUGAAAUCAGCCUCUGGCCUCAAAGUGCUGAACGACUUCCUGUCGGACCGCAGCUACAUCGAGGGGUAUGUCCCAUCUCAAGCUGAUGUGGCAGUCUUUGAUGUGCUGUCAGCCCCGCCCCCUGCUGACCUGCGCCACGCACUCAGGUGGUAUAACCACAUCAAGUCCUACCAGAACCAAAAGAACAGUCUUCCUGGUGUGAAGAAACCUCUGGGUCAGUACGGACCCGCAGGUGUGCCUGACACUACUUCAGGCCCAGCCCCAGCUGCCGCCAAGGAUGAUGACGACGAUGACAUUGACUUGUUUGGUUCUGAUGAAGAGGAGGACACAGAGGCCACCAAGCUGAAGGAGCAGCGCCUGGCAGAGUACGCCGCCAAGAAGGCAAAGAAGCCAGCACUCAUCGCUAAAUCUUCACUCCUAUUGGAUGUGAAGCCAUGGGAUGAUGAGACGGACAUGGCCAAGCUGGAGGAGUGUGUACGCAGCAUCGAGAUGGACGGGCUGGUCUGGGGACAGUCCAAACUAGUUCCAGUGGGUUACGGCAUCAAGAAGCUCCAGAUCAGCUGCGUGGUCGAAGACGACAAGGUGGGCACAGACAUCCUGGAGGAGAAGAUCACUGCCUUCGAAGACUUUGUUCAGUCCAUGGAUGUUGCUGCUUUCAACAAGAUCUGAGAUGGUUUAAUAAAAAUGAAAACAAAA